UAGAAGGAAUCUUCCUCGACCGCUUAGCGCCUGGGGAAGUGCGAAACCAUCCGCCAGUGGGUAAAGAUUGCUCGGUUUCUAUCGUCGUAGUGGUAGCGUUGCCACGGCGCUCGGCUAGCGGCAGAAGGGUCCAGCGCUCUCGCUCGCGGUGUUUUAGAGGCGUGCUUCGCUAAAACACCCAGCCCACCGGCACGGCAAUGGAUAAGGACGAGUUGGUUCAGCGGGCCAAGCUUGCGGAGCAGGCCGAACGGUACGACGACAUGGCGGCCGCCAUGAAGCAGGUCACAGAAACGGGCGUGGAGCUCAGCAACGAGGAGCGCAACCUGCUCUCUGUCGCCUACAAAAACGUCGUCGGUGCCCGGCGGAGCUCGUGGCGGGUCAUCUCGAGCAUAGAGCAGAAGACCGAGGGUUCGGAGCGCAAGCAGCAGAUGGCCCGGGAGUACCGGGAGAAAGUGGAGAAGGAGCUACGCGAGAUCUGCUACGACGUGCUGGGUCUUCUAGACAAGUAUCUGAUCCCCAAGGCAAGUAAUGCCGAAAGCAAAGUGUUCUACCUGAAAAUGAAGGGCGACUACUACAGGUACUUGGCAGAGGUUGCCACCGGCGAGCAGAGGAACAGUGUGGUCGAGGAGUCUCAGAAGGCUUACCAGGAGGCCUUUGAUAUCAGCAAGAGCAAAAUGCAGCCCACGCAUCCCAUCCGGUUGGGGCUUGCCCUAAACUUCUCUGUGUUCUACUACGAAAUACUGAACUCUCCCGACAAGGCAUGCCAGCUGGCCAAGCAGGCAUUCGACGACGCUAUCGCGGAGUUGGACACGUUAAAUGAGGAUAGCUACAAGGAUAGCACGCUCAUAAUGCAGCUCCUCCGAGACAACCUCACGCUCUGGACGUCGGACACCCAAGGGGACGGCGACGAGCAGCAGGAAGGUGGUGACAAUUGAUCUUCGUGUGUGCACCGAGCCCCUUCCGCGUGCAUUCCCAUCGCGCCGCGGCCGCCCCAGCAGCAACGCCGACACCGUCGUCCCUCGCAGCAGCCGGCCGAUGGCGAUGCUGAUGCUGCUGCUGCCGACGUCGCCGCCGCCGCUGCCGCCGCCGCCCUCCUCUCCUUCCCCUCCCUCACCGCCCGCCCUUUCUUCCUACUGCCGCCGCCGCCUCUGGUCGUUGUGGUCCUUGCCACCGCUGCGCCUCCUCACCUCACGGCCUCCCCUCCUCUACUCUACUCCUCCUGACUCUUUUCAUUCGUUGUCUUGUUUUCAUGUCUACCUACCGCGUGGAAGAAGGGACGCUCCCCCCCCCCCCCCCCCCCCCUUUCUGUAUAUCUCGUCUUGCCAAACCUCACUUUAGGGGGAAAGGGUCUCGAAACAAAGCGAGCAUUAUUGGGCGGUCACGUUGUGUGGUGUCACUUCUUGAGCCGUGGUGUGUGGUGUCACGGCCGCCUAAGUAUCCGCCCCCCUUCUCGCGCAUUUUUUAAUGUCUGAAGGAGGAGGAACGCAAGCUGGUCCAAUGUUUUCGUGCUCCCAUCUUGUUCUCUUCCGUUUCCAAAGGAAUUUUGCCUUCUUGAUGUGCAGUUUCUAACAUGGGGGCGGGGGGGUUGUGUCCAUGCCCCGUCGACCGGGUGCUCUUGUCUUGUCGGAUAGCUGGUUCCGUUGUUGCUCUCCCACCCUCCUGUUUGUGUGUGCCCAGAUAUCAAGAACCCCACCCCCACGUUUUGUUCCCUUGCGGUUGUGCCUAGGUGUUUUAUGUAGGGGGGAGGUGGCCCAAGCUACUUGAGUGCACGCGCUCCAACAAACCCACCUCUUUCUUCGGUGUUCAUUUGUUCACUGCUGUUUUAAUUUGUCCAAUCCACUGUAGCCAAAAAAAAAAGGAAGCAUCUCGCCUCCUUUCCUCUGUUGCAACCAUUCUUGGAGGGAGCUUUGACAGCAAGAAUCCCAAGUCUUCCGUUGUUUUCACUGUUUUUUUUUCCUGAAUGAGGGGAGGGAGUGUUUACCUGGUUGGACUUUUUCCACACAUGACACUUGGCUGAGGCAGUGCGCAUGCGCAUGCAAGUCUAUACUCAGAUUAAGAGAAACUUAGGUUUAACAUUUAUUUCGAAGGAAGAUUCGUGCCUCCUGUUGGACAAAGCGGCGGCAGCGACCACUUUUCUCUCUCCUGCCACUACCCUUGUCUCGGACAUAAUUUUUUAAGUGUUCAGGUUCGUGUACAGCUUCUUUUUUUUUUUUUCCCCGUCCCUCAACUGUUUCUGUUAGAUUUUCUUUUCCCCCCUGGGAGAAUGACGUUCUAGUGAUGCGCAGAGCUUUUUAUUUGUUCGAUAAAGAUUGAGAAGGCAGGGGGAGGGAUUGCUUAGAAUAGGGAAAAAAAAACCGAUGCGUGGCGGCCCUCUUUACACCGCCCAACGUAGGAAGUGCUUCUUUCUUUUCUUUCCCCUGUGGAAUAUAAGGGAGGGGCCAGCGAACGCCUGCGACCACUACUGUAUUUAUGAUCUUCCGUAGCUGACCAUUUAUUUUUUCCCCCCUCGAAGGCGUCACUCUCGUUGACAUCUUGUUUUCACAUGUUGGAGCCUAUGCUCCCCCACAACUCGGUCUCUCUCCUGUCCUCCUUGCCCUCCCUUGCCCCCUUCCUUCUCCCUCCUCGCAGCAGCAUCGUUAUAUUAAAAAAAGAACAUUGUCAUUUACCAGAGCUGUCACCCGAUUCCUUUUGUUUGCCCUCCUGUUUGAGCAUACAGUGUACUGAGAACUGAUGAUGGAAGAGAAACGUGUGCCCUUGAUUUCGA